AUGUGGAAGUUAUCUUGUUUGGUAUUUGCUAGUCUUCUUGUACAAUUUUCUGUAGCAGAAGAUACGGAUACUUUACUUCUUACACAUAUUAUUUUUAGACAUGGCGACAGGACACCUGACUAUGGUUAUAUGCCUUUACCAAGUAAUCCUCAUGCUAAUGAAACCUUUUUUCCAUAUGGAAAUGGACAAUUAACUUUGGUCGGUAAAAAGAAAGCUUAUAACCUAGGAGUUAAAUUAAGAAAUAGAUACUCAGAGUUUUUGGGUGAUCUAUAUUAUUUAGAUUUAAUCGAAGCUAUUUCCUCUUCAUCGCCAAGAUGCGUCAUGAGUAUGCAAUCAGUGUUCGCAGCUCUAUUUCCUCCAACUCCCGAAUGGGAACUAAAGUCUGGAUUAGAAUGGCAACCAGUUUAUUUAUUGGCUCCGAGCAUCAAUGAAGACAAAUUAAUUUAUCCAAGCUGUAAAAAGAUGAAUGAAUUACAUGUAGAAAUGGAUGAGGAUAAAGCCUCUGUUUAUGAUUAUAUUAGUGAGAAUUCUGGUAUCAACAUUACUUCAUCCUUAGAAGUGAUGUUCAUACAAAAUAUUUAUCUAGUUUUGGAUGAACUAGGUUAUGAAUUACCUGAAUGGGUGUUGAAGAUCUGGCCACAACCAUUUACAAAAUAUGGUUUACAAUAUUGGAAAGAAUUGACUGAUCAAACUGUCCAUUAUGCUAUAGGACCGUUGCUAAGAAAAAUGGACUUGGAUACACUGAACAAAAUAAAUAAUACCUUGGUACCAAAAGACCGUAAGAUGUUUAUGUAUUCUGGACACGAUUUAAAUGUAGUCUCUUACUUGGGAGCUAUUGGAGUUUACGAAGAAAAUUUGUACAUUAAUUAUUCAGCUUCGAUUUUGAUCGAAGUACAUCAAAUUAAUGACAAAUAUUUUGUGAAGGUAUUGUUUGAUAACUCCGAUGGAAAUGAAUACCAAGUCAUCAGAAUCCCAGCUUGCGGAGGAGUUGAAUUAUGCCCAUUAGAUACUUAUAUUAGCAUUACGAAAGCCAAAUACGGACCGGAAGAGUGGUGUACAUAAACUUCAAUAAUUCAGUAAUAAUAAUUAAUAAACAUUAUAAUUAGUACUAAAUAAAAUUUUGCUACAAAUU